UUUCCAUCUGUCUUCAUGCAAGGACGUAAUUUCAUUCCUCUUUAUGGGGACAAGUACUCCACUGCGUAUAGGAUACGGGGACUUUGGCGAUGAUUUUAACCUGGAGGAUGCGCUGAAAGAAACUUCCUCAGUAAAACAGAGAUGGGAUCACUUCACGACAACCAGGAAGCCAGGAACAACCAGAGCUCCAGCGCACCCUGCAGGUCCCACCGAAGUUAACGAUUUUGACUUGACUGAUGCUUUGGGUGAUCGCGAUGAUGGCCGCAAGAAGCCAAGUGCAGGAGGAAGAGAGAGAUGGGACCAUGUCACCACGACUACAACCAGGAGGCCAGGAACAACCAGAGCCCCAGCAAAUCCUGACGUCAAUGACUUUGACUUGGCGGAUGCCUUGGAUGAUCGAAAUGACCAGGAUGAUGGCCGCAGGAAACCCAGUGCAGGAGGAGGAGGAGGUUUCUCAGACAAGGAUCUUGAAGACAUUGUAGGUGGUGGUGGAUACAAACCUGAUAAGAAUAAAGGUGACGGUGGAUACGGCAGCAGUGACGACCCUGGAUCCGGCAUGUCGGCGGAGACUGGCACCAUUGCUGGUGUGGCCAGUGCCCUGGCUAUGGCCCUGAUUGGUGCUGUGUCCAGCUACAUCUACCAGCAGAAGAAGUUCUGCUUCAGCAUUCAACGCCCUUGGGGCAUCACCUUCGCCAGGGGCCUUCCUGCGUCAGCCCUGUGGCCACCCAGCAGCGUGCUGUCUCGUUGCUGCCCAGCGCCCCCUGUGGUCUCCGCUAGAGCUGCAGGGACCUGA